AUGACCGCGCACACGCCGCGAGGCGCUCGAGUGGCGAAACGAGCUCUCUCUCCGUCGCCCCGCGAGUUGUCAGCUUGCCCUUUCUAUGCCCUCCUCACGGCCACGUGCCUUUUCUGCAUCGUUCUGCCGCUCUCUGAGGCUGCAGAGAGAGCGCAGCUGAUCGCGCACGAAACUGGAGUUUCUGCGUCUCCGCCCGAGCCGCUCAACCGCCAGGCGACCGGCCUUGAAACCCAUCCUGCUCACGCGACCUUUCUCUCUCCCACUGCGGAGAGCCCCGCAGCCGAGGAAGCUGCACCGGGACGCGCCGGACACCCAUCCGACGCGCGACUGAACGCAGAAGGCGCAGAAACGCGGCUCGCCGCCGCCGAGCCUCAACGCUCGGCGUGUCGCCUGCUCAAUGCUAGUUCGCCCUGCUGUCGAGGCGCUUCCUGCGGCGGGGGAACCGACGCCUCGCGCCCGUCGAUGCCGGAGCGAGAGGAGUCUCUCGAAGGAGCAGCGAGGUCUCCUCAGCCGGCGGCCGCGUCUCCGCCUCGCGCCCUUGACUCCGCAGGCGACGCGGAGGCCAGGCGGGGGCCUGCCGGAGCAGGCACGGCCUUUGUCGCUGUGCCUUGGAGCCAAGCACCGGCGCACAGCCCUCCUGCUGGACAAGAGAGCGAAGGCCAAGUCACUUUCAGCCGUGAAGAAACUGGGAACAGACGCACGCAGCAGAAUUCGCCCCCUCCACAGAGGCCGGAGACUGCGGUAGCGCAGCCGCAUAGUUCACAAGUCCGAGGGCUCGAGAAGAGAGAUGCGACGAGCGAGUCCGCUUCAGUCAUGCUCUCUGGCGAGCGCGAGGCGGAGGAUCCGAGCGAGCGGGCCGCGGCUCUUACGGAAACGUCUGCGACGUCUGCUGAGGCGGCUGGGCACAGAGAGCCCUACCCGAGUCCUGAAUCUGAGGCAAAGGCUGGGUCGCGAUCAGCUGAGACGCGCUUCAUGCCGGCGCCCUCGCACGUCUUCGUUGCGCCGCGACGAGGAAAGGCGUCUGGGCGUCCUGCGGGUGGCGAAGAGGCGCGAGAGAAGACUGCAGAAGCGCGUGCGGCGCAUGCGCCAAUGAAAUCUGCGCGCGCGGGCGUUGAGUCGUCUGCAGCGUCUGCAGCUGCAGGACCCGACGCCGGCACGGCGCAGCGUGGUUCUCCAAUGCCGAUGUGGUUCCUUAUGCUUUCUGUCGUUUGCUUCCUAGCUGCAACUUCCAUUGGCCUUCUUCUGUCGUUCCUCGUCUUCCGCCGCUACCGCCAGCGGCAGCGGAGAAAACUCGAGGCGAAGCUGAUGCUGAGGAAGAUGAUUCAGGCGAACUCUGUGCCGACGCCGGAGCUCGUCACGCGCUUUGCCCGCGAAGUGCGUGGGAAGGAAGCACGACAGAAGGCGAGCUCGCUGCCGCGAACUUCAGCCUCCUCUGAAGUCUGCGGGGCUCGCCCGUCUGUGACGGCGGCCUCUGCGACGCAGAAGUCGACGCGCGCAGCCUCCUCGGGCGUGCGAUUUGUCGCCAAAGUCGUCAGGCUGCCGUUCUGGCUUCGCCGAUCGCGCGCCUCGCGCGGCGCCCCAGGAGACCGCACGCAGGUGCCGCGAAGAAACUCGUCGUCGCCUUCGGUCGCACCCGCGUCCGCGCCCGCCCCUCGUGGCAACGAGGCACCUGCGCCUUCCCGCGCCUCGACUCCGCCGCUCGCUCUCUCCGUGGGAGUCCGCUCUGGGCGCUGGAAGCAUGUCGGGGAGACGCUGUCGUUUUUUCCCUCCUCCGCGGCGCGGGGAGCCCUCGAGGAGGCCGACGAGCCUCGGUGCGAGUUCGUGGCGACGCCGUCGCCCCAGGAGACGGAGAGGCGAGGCGCGACGACGUGGAGUGUGUUCGGCGCGCGGCAUGCGCACACGGUUCAGGCUUCGCCGCAGAAUCUCUGCAGUCUGCGCGACGACGACUGCUGCGACAGGCAGACGUCGUGUGGCGAGGUGGCGGACGAGCCCCUUGCGAACGGCGCGGAGGACGCCUCCCAGGGCUGGUCUAGCGACAUCCCGUCGCACAUGGUGCAGACAGCCAUCCACAGAGAGACGGAAGUGAUUGACGAAGACGCCGUCGUCGAGUUCGACGCGACCGUCGCGCUCGAGAACGACGGCGAGGAGGGCGACGAAGACACCGAGAGGCGGCAGGACAUCGCCGCGCGGAUGUGA